AUGUCCUACUAUCUUCCACCCAUAUCUGAGAUCCCGGAGUCUCGCCAUGCAGCCGUAGGUGCAUGGUUCCUGGGUCCAAGAGCCGAGAACUUCUCGUAUCUUGAAAAUGUCUUCAAGUAUAUCCUCGAGCAGCAAAGGGAUACCCGAGAGAAUCUGUUCCCGAAGGAUCAGGCCUUCAUUACCGCUGAAAUGAAGGAAAGCCCCUUGUACAAGGCUCAGAUCGAUCAAUUGCAGGUCAAUCUAUUUGCUAUCACCAAGGAGCUCAACCGUCAUGCUGUACCUUUCUGGUCCGCGCGAUACAACGCUCACAUGUCUAUGGAGAAUUCUAUGCCUGCCGUCAUUGGGUAUCUUACUGGCCUCCUCCACAAUCAGAAUAAUGUCGCGACUGAAGCAAGUCCUUUCACGACUCUUCUUGAGAACGAGGUUGGGAUAGACUUAUGUAAUAUGCUGGGUUACGACACGAAUAAGGAUAACGUUGCGCGUGCUUGGGGUCAUAUCACAUCCGACAAGAAGAGUACCUUGCACUUCUUGGACAAUCCUUUCGGAGCGACCCAGCCUUUUGAGAUCGACCUAAGCUCUGGCAAGAAAAAGCUCUUCAUGCAUUGCACAACUUGGGAGCUUCUCAAUCUCAAACCCUCUACGGUUCUGGGUAUCCCGCAACAGCUCUCUGAUCAAUAUGGCGUUUCUCAAACAGCAUUGGCUGCGGCCAUGAAACCUUACUCGAUCCAGACUGUGGGGAAAGACUUUCUGGAGAAGAAAUUCCACGUCAACAAUCCUGCCCAAUUCUUUGUGGGAACGACGAAGCACUAUUCGUGGCCGAAGGGAGCGGCUAUUGCUGGCAUCGGCUCUGGACAGAUUGUCGAUGUUCCCGUGGACUUACGAGCUCGUAUGGAUCCAGAAAAACUUCGAGAGAUGCUGGAGAAAGCCAUCGCUAAUGAGCAGCCAAUCUAUGCUGUCAUUGCCAUCAUCGGAUCAACUGAACAAGGAGCAGUUGAUCCGCUGGCAAAGAUCUUAUCCCUCCGCACGGAUUUUGAAAAGCGAGGCCUAUCCUUCGUGGUUCACUGCGACGGCGUACCCAAAGGCCAAUCGAGCUAUGUCCCGACCCUUGCGCUUUCGCCAUACACUGAGGAGCAACUUCGAGCAUAUAAAGACGCUGAUAGUAUCACCAUUGACCCUCACAAGUCCGGUUAUUGCCCUUAUCCUGCCGGCGGACUUUGCUACCGUGACGGUAGAAUGCGAUAUCUUGUCACAUGGACUAGUCCCGUGGUUUUCCAUCAAGGGGACGAAGUUGAGAGCAUUGGCGUUUAUGGUGUCGAAGGUAGCAAGCCGGGCGCUGCUGCAGUUGGCGCCUAUCUUAGCCACCGUGUCUUAGGUCUUCACAAAAACGGAUAUGGUACAUUACUAGGGGAGGCUGUUUUUUCGUGUGCAAGGCUUUAUUGCCAUUGGGCCGCAAUGCAGACUGAACCGAUACCGUCUUCCCACGGCACCAAGGCCAAACUCAUCGUCAGGCCAUUGAAUAUGCUGCCAACAGAGGAGCAGAAUGACCCUCCUUAUGUUGUCGAGAAUCAGAGACAAUUCAUCAGAGAUCACAUCUUAUACAGAGACAAUGCUGCCUUGGAAGCGGACAAGGAGGCAGUAAGACUCCUCAAGCGGCUGGGUGGUGACCUGAUGAUCAACGCAUUUGCUUGUAAUUUCGAGAUAGAUGGAAAGAUUAACACGGAUGUCACGGAAGCCAAUUAUCUGAAUACACAGAUAUUUCAACAGUUAUCUGUCUCAGAUAUAAGGAAAGACAUCUCAAAUGUUCCGUUGCUGCUGACAUCGACCAGUCUCGCCCAGUCACAGUACAAGGACUGCCUUACGCACUUCAAGAAUCGGCUCGGGCUUGAAGGUGAACAGGAUCUUUACAUACUGAUCAAUGUGACAAUGAGCCCAUGGCCGACUACCGGAGACUUUCUUGGAGAGCUCGCAGACAAGUUCAAGGACGUUGCCCAACAGCAAAUGCUAGCUACCGUCGAGCGAGACGUUCAAUAUCCGGACCAUCAUGGCUUCGUCAUACAAGGUCUGGACCACAUCUGCGGCGUGCAUCUCCCCAUGUUCAAUAUGGAGAAUCAUCGGCACCAACUCAUCAUCUCGUGCGACUUUCCUAAAGAUAUAAUGGAUGAAUAUCGACGUCGCAAAACCGCGAAUCCAUCGCAGUUCUUCACAUUUGGGAACAAGAAUCCAGCAGAGCUGCUAAAAUUCAUUAAGGACGGUGCUUCAUUCGAAGCCACAAUACAAGAAGGAUUACCAUCCGACAACAAGCCGAUCUCCGAAAGCUUCACGGUCAGCAACGUCAAGAUCCUGCUACAGCGAUCUAUGCACUCCAAGGAUCUUGACACGCUUUAUCCCGACAAUAUGAUCUUCUACGCCUAUGGUCGUGGGUCGGAGCUGCACAUAGACCACCUACUGAACGUAUCACCCAACAUCCAACUCAACAGUGAGCGGAUCAAAGUUCUCGAAUCAUCAGCCUUCUCGCCUCCCCUAAAAGACGUAAUCAACGAACAAGGAGUCUGGCUUCGACUCACCUCAGUACACGAAAGCGCAGUGCAACCCCUGAUCAUGAAGCCCACAGACCCCCAUACAUCCUUCGCUCACCCCGGCCUCGACUUCAAACCCGGUGCCAAAUUCGCCUUCGAAGCCUUCGACCCAGCCACCGCACUCCUAAACAAUAACAGCCCUUCCAACCCCACCAUCCGCGGCGUCCUCGAACUCGGCCCCUCCGUCUUCGCCGACACCGUUAUGCUGAACGCUGACGGUGGCGGAGCCGACCACGACCACGCUUCAGCUGCAACCGUCAUGGACGCGCCAGCGAAUAGUUGGGCGCUCGCGGCUGAGUAUCCCAACGCGGCUGCGAGCGAGGAGUUGAGGAAUCAGUAUCAGAGUACGGUUUUGAGAGGCUUUAGGGACAGUUGGGCUAUGGCGAAAAGGGAGGAGGCCGAGAAGGUGUUGGAGAGGUAUGAAGGGAAGAAGGGGGAGGAGAGCGAGGGGAAGGGGGAGGGAGAGGCACCCGAUUGGUUGAAGAGAUGUGUGCGGGAUGGGGAGAGGGCUGAGGAGAGGAAGGGCCCGGAGUUGGUGCAGUUGUAUCAUACUGGGUUGCGUUGA